AUGACAUUGAUAGAUGUUUCAAAAUUAACUUCUUAUUAUUAUAAUAAAAAAAUAGUUUUCUUAAUUCAAAUACCUCUAAUUUCACCAACUAAAUAUAUUGUAUACAAACUUAUCCCACUACCAACUCCUCAUAACUCUGAGAUUCCAAAUACUUUUGCUCUUAUUCAUCCUUCCAAAUCCUAUCUCGCUAUCACAGAUGAUAGACUUCACUACGCACUAUUAGAUAAUUUAAAAGAAUGCUCUAAACUUACUAAUGAUGACUCUAUAUGUCCCUUGACGAAUGUGUAUUCGACUAGUACUAAUCCAUCGUGUGAGACAAGAUUGUUAACUGAAGUUGUGUUGUCUUUACCAAUUGAAUGUGAUUCGAAAUUAUUAUAUGGUAAUAUUAAUAUCUGGCAAAAACUUAGGAAUAAUAAAUGGAUUUUUGUACAAUCUAAAAGUACUAAAUUAAAUGUAAGAUGUAAUAAUGAUAUUAAAGAUUAUUCUAUUGUAGGCACAGGCAUAUUAGAAUUAAGAAAAAAUUGUAUAGCAUAUUGUAAAACUUUUCAAUUUAUACCGUCAACGACGUCCUCUUUCACGGAGAUACUAAACAAAUCGAUUCCUUUACUCUCACCGCUGUCCCUUAGUAACAUUGACUUAGAUUCUCUAAAACAAGCAUCUCACCAAUUAGAUGGUCUCGAACAUGAAAUAAAUAAGUUUCAACAGGAAUCGCAUUUUGUAAAAUAUGCCCCUUACUAUUCUGGAUUUAGCUUAUCUUUUGUAUCUCUUAUUAUAAUAUAUCUUUGUUAUAGAUUAUACUUUUGUUUUCAAAAUAGAAACAAAAAAUCAACAUGUUGUGUGCAGAUUUUCAAUCAAUGUUAUAAUAAUAAAAAUGAAAGACGCCAAACUAAAUUAACCAACUCAAUUGAAAUGUCUGAUAUUUCUACAUCAGAAAAUGAAGACGAUAAGAAAUCUAUAAAAUCUUUACCUGCGCGUCAUUUCAAUUAUAAAUCUUGUAGAGAUAAUAAUGUUAGUUUUCUAAGCACUAGUAAUAGGAAUCUUAAUUUUUAA